GAAACAAAUACAAAACAGAGAAACAAGACGAGAAGAAGCAGAAGAAGAACAAGGAUGCGCCUGUAGACGAAAAAAAGAACAAAAAGGGCAAAAAGGAAAAUAAACAGGACAAAUCAGCGGUGAUUGAAGAGGAGGCUGAGCAGAAAGAGGUAGUGCACAGCAUCUAG